UUGUCGGGGGUGUAAAAGCGGACCGAAGGUUUGAGUGCGCCGACGGUGGCGGCGGCGAGAUCUAACGAUUGGGCGGCGGCGUCUGCGGCGGGCGGCGAUGGCGGGGAGGAAGCCCGAGGCCUAGGAAGGAUCCCUCGUCUGCCUUCUUUUCGUUCUGUUCUUUCCGCGGCUGUUCUCAGCAGAUCUGGCUUGUUCCGCAGAAAGGUGAAGGGGCCGGCGAAAGAUGAUGCAUAUUGCCCCGCCUUCUCGGGGCUCCGGUACGAUCACCUCCGGAGUGUUGGAUGAUGCGGAGGCACCGAGGGUUUACCAGGCUUGGAAGGGCAGCAACAUAUUUUUUCUUCAAGGGAGGUUUAUAUUUGGACCUGAUGCAUCAUCCUUGUUUCUCACCAUUUUUCUCAUUGUGGCACCGGUCUCCAUCUUUUGUGUAUUUGUUGCUAGAAAACUAAUGGAUGACUUUUCUCAUAAUUUGGGAAUAUCAAUAAUGAUAGUAGCUGUUGUUUUCACAUUAUAUGAUUUGUCUCUUCUACUAGUUACCUCUGGUAGAGAUCCGGGUAUCAUUCCCCGAAAUACACAUCCACCAGAACCUGAAACUAAUGGUGGAGACAGUGAAGUUGGAGGUGUCCAAACUCCACAAUUGCGGUUACCCCGAACCAAGGAUGUCAUUGUGAAUGGGAUCACUGUGAAGAUCAAAUACUGUGACACCUGCAUGCUUUAUCGACCUCCUCGCUGCUCUCAUUGCUCAAUCUGCAAUAAUUGUGUGGAACGGUUUGACCAUCACUGCCCAUGGGUGGGGCAAUGCAUAGGGAUUCGGAAUUAUCGAUUCUUCUAUAUGUUUGUCUUCUCGACAACCUUACUCUGCCUCUACGUCUUUGGGUUUUGCUGGGUGUAUAUAAUAAGUAUCAGAGAUGCUGAACAAACAUCCAUUUGGAGAGCAAUGGUCAAGACUCCAGCUUCCAUAGUUUUAAUAAUUUAUACUUUCCUAUCAGUAUGGUUUGUUGGUGGCUUGUCCGUCUUCCAUUUAUAUCUCAUGAGCACCAACCAGACAACAUACGAGAACUUCAGGUACCGUUAUGAUCGGCGAGCUAACCCAUACAACAAAGGAGUGGUGGAGAAUUUCAAAGAGAUUUUUUUCACAAGCAUCCCUCCUUCAAAGAACAACUUUAGGGGAAGGGUGCCGCAAGAACAAGGCUUACAGCCACAGCCAGCAGGACAAGGUUUUCUGAGCCCAAACAUGGGCAAAGCUUUGGGUGACAUCGAAAUGGGUAGGAAGCCCAUAUCAUGGGAUGAAGCUAGGGCACUAGCACAUGUAGGCGACUUGGAAGAAGGUAUAAAUGAUACCAAGAUGUUGGAUGCCAUGAAUGGUGGACUCGGUGUUCUGUCCCCAGAUUUAAGCAAGGAGGCUUUGCCUCCAGAGGCUGUCGUCGGGAGAACUCCAUUGCACACAAUGCAUUCGAGUUAUACCGGGAUGUUAGAUGACAUGAAUGACAGACUGCACGUUGUAUCCUCAGAUUUAAGGAAGGAGGCUUUGUCUCCAGAGGCUGUGGUCGGGAGAACUCCAUUGCACCCAAUGCAUUCGAGUUAUACCAAGACGCUAGAUGACAUGAAUGACGGACUGGAUGUUGUAUCCCCAGAGUUAAGGAAGGAGGCUGUGGUCAGGAGAACUCCAUUUCACCCAUCGUAUUCGGGUUAUACCAAGAUGUUAGAUGACAUGCAUGGUGUGCUUCAUGAUAUGUCCCCAGAUUUAAGCAAGGAAGCUUUGCCUCCAGAGGCUGUUUUAGAGAGAACUGCAUUGCACCCAAGACAUUUGAGUUGGGUGCGCAGAAGCGGAAGCUGGGAGAUGACACCUGAGGUUCUGGCUUUGGCUGCUGGAUUGGGGGAGUCGAAAAGGAAGGAAAAUGGCAGUGGCACUUCUGCUGGAAAUAAAUAGACUCCAAUGGUUGAAGCAAGGGAUAUUAUGCAUGUGGAGCACAUUACAAUGCUUCUCGUGGUGUUCAUGUUUCAAGGAGGGAAUGAAUCAUUGUAUCUCUAGAAGAUUGCAAUUAACUGAUAUGGUUCUGUGAUUUUCUUUGCUCUUUACCCCGGUUGGUUGUCGCAGUUGUGCUCUAUAUUGUCUUGUGAUUUGAUGUUGGGAGGACUUGACUUUAGUAUCAUUAGUGUAUGUAACUAUUUCUUUUCCAA